UGGCGGCGGGGGGCUUGCUCUGGGCACUGGCUUUUGCCCAGUAAGUUGAAAAGUGAACUCGACUCGGGAUGGUUCUCCUGUCACUUUGGUUGAUAGCAGCCGCCCUGGUAGAGGUUAGGACCUCAGCCGAUGGACAAGCUGGUAAUGAAGAAAUGGUGCAAAUAGGGUUCUACAAUUCUAUUUUUCAUCCAACAGAUUUACCAAUAAAGAACCAGAGGGAGUAUGAGCUAGUGACUCCAGUCAGCACGAACCUAGAAGGACGGUAUCUCUCCCAUGUUCUUUCUGCAAAUCACAAAAAGAGGUCAACAAGAGACGUUUCUUCCAGCUCAGAGCAGUUGUUCUUUAACAUCACAGCAUUUGGGAGAGAUUUUCAUCUUCGGCUAAAACCCAAUUCUCAACUAGUUGCACCGGGGGCUGUUGUGGAAUGGCGAGAGACUGAUCUGGGACCUGGGAAUAUAACCAGCCCCGGGGAUGAUCAUCAGCCAAGUGGCAUUUCCGAAAGAAUCUGGAAAAUGGAGCCAUUGCAGACUAACUGUGCUUAUGUUGGUGACAUCAUGGACGUUCCAGGAACCUCUGUUGCCAUUAGCAACUGUGAUGGUCUGGCUGGGAUGAUCAAAAGUGAUAAUGAUGAGUAUUUCAUUGAACCCUUGGAAAGAGGCAAACAGAUGGAGGAAGAAAAAGGAAGAGUUCAUGUUGUCUACAAGAGAUCAGCAGUAGAACGGGCCCCCAUCGACAUGUCCAAAGACUUCCACUACGCAGAUUCAGAUCUGGAAGGCCUUGGUGACCUUGGAACUCUUUAUAGCAACAUUGACCAGCAGCUGAAUGAGACAAUGAGACACCGAAGACACGCAGGAGAAAAUGAUUACAACAUCGAGGUGCUGCUGGGUGUGGAUGACUCUGUGGUCCGUUUCCAUGGCAAAGAACAUGUGCAAAACUACCUCCUCACCCUGAUGAACAUUGUAAAUGAAAUUUACCAUGACGAGUCCCUUGGAGUACAUAUAAAUGUGGUCCUGGUACGCAUGAUAAUGCUGGGUUAUGCAAAGUCAAUCAGCCUUAUAGAAAGAGGAAACCCGUCGAGGAGCCUGGAAAAUGUGUGCCGCUGGGCUUGCCAGCAACAAAAAUCUGAUCCCAAACACUCUGAACACCAUGACCAUGCAAUUUUCUUAACUAGACAAGACUUUGGACCUGCGGGAAUGCAAGGAUAUGCGCCAGUCACUGGCAUGUGUCAUCCGGUGAGAAGUUGUACCCUGAAUCACGAGGAUGGUUUUUCAUCGGCUUUUGUAGUAGCCCAUGAAACUGGCCAUGUGUUAGGAAUGGAGCACGAUGGGCAAGGCAACAGGUGUGGCGAUGAGACCGCCAUGGGAAGCGUCAUGGCUCCCUUGGUGCAAGCAGCCUUUCACCGCUACCACUGGUCCCGAUGCAGUGGCCAAGAGCUGAAGAGAUACAUUCAUUCCUAUGACUGUCUCCUUGAUGAUCCUUUUGAACAUAAUUGGCCCAAACUCCCAGAACUUCCCGGAAUUAAUUAUUCAAUGGAUGAACAAUGUCGCUUUGACUUUGGCGUUGGUUAUAAAAUGUGCACUGCGUUCCGAACCUUUGACCCAUGUAAACAGCUCUGGUGCAGCCAUCCUGAUAAUCCUUACUUCUGUAAAACUAAAAAGGGUCCCCCACUUGACGGAACUGAAUGUGCUGCUGGAAAAUGGUGCUACAAGGGCCAUUGCAUGUGGAAGAAUGCUAAUCAACAAAAGCAAGAUGGCAAUUGGGGCUCAUGGACCAAGUUCGGUUCCUGUUCCCGGACGUGUGGAACUGGGGUUCGUUUCAGAACACGUCAGUGCAAUAACCCAAUGCCCAUCAAUGGCGGUCAGGAUUGUCCUGGUGUUAAUUUUGAGUACCAGCUUUGUAGUACGGAAGAAUGCCAGAAACACUUUGAGGACUUCCGAGCUCAGCAGUGCCAGCAGCGAAACUCCCACUUUGAAUACCAGAAUAGCAAACACCACUGGUUACCAUACGAACAUCCCGACUCCAAGAAAAGAUGCCACCUUUAUUGUCAAUCCAAAGAGACCGGCGAUGUCGCUUACAUGAAACAACUGGUACAUGAUGGGACUCGCUGUUCCUACAAAGAUCCGUAUAGCAUAUGCGUACGGGGAGAGUGCGUGAAAGUGGGCUGUGAUAAAGAAAUUGGUUCUAAUAAAGUUGAAGAUAAGUGUGGUGUCUGUGGAGGAGAUAAUUCCCACUGCCGAACCGUAAAAGGAACAUUUACCAGAACACCUCGGAAGCUUGGGUACCUUAAGAUGUUUGAUAUACCCCCUGGUGCUAGACAUGUGUUAAUCCAAGAAGACGAGGCUUCUCCUCAUAUUCUUGCUAUCAAGAACCAGGCCACAGGCCACUACAUUUUAAAUGGCAAAGGGGAGGAAGCCAGGUCGAGGACUUUCAUAGACCUUGGUGUGGAAUGGGAUUACACCAUUGAGGAUGACAUUGAAACUCUCCACACCGAUGGACCGCUACAUGAUCCUGUUAUUGUUUUGAUUAUACCUCAGGAGAAUGAUACCCGCUCUAGCCUGACAUAUAAGUACAUCAUCCAUGAAGAUUCUGCUCCUACAAUCAACAACAACAAUGUCAUCCAGGAGGAACUAGACACUUUUGAGUGGGCUUUGAAGAGCUGGUCUCAGUGUUCCAAACCCUGUGGUGGAGGUUUUCAAUACACUAAAUAUGGAUGCCGUAGGAAAAGUGACAACAAGAUGGUCCAUCGCAGCUUCUGUGAGGCCAGCAAAAAGCCUAAGCCCAUCAGAAGAAUGUGCAAUAUUCAAGAGUGUACACAUCCCCUCUGGGUGGCAGAAGAGUGGGAGCACUGCACCAAAACCUGUGGCAGUUCCGGCUACCAGCUGCGCACCGUCCGCUGCCUCCAGCCGCUGCACGACGGCACCAACCGCUCCGUGCACAGCAAAUACUGCGUGGGCGACCGUCCCGAGAGCCGCCGGCCCUGCAACAGGGUCCCCUGCCCGGCCCAGUGGAAAACAGGGCCGUGGAAUGAGUGUUCUGUAACCUGUGGUGAAGGGACGGAGGUCAGGCAGGUCCUGUGCAGGGCUGGAGACCAUUGUGAGGGUGAGAAGCCGGAGUCUGUGAGGGCCUGUCAGCUCCCUCCCUGUAACGAUGAGCCUUGUUUGGGCGACAAGUCCAUAUUCUGUCAGAUGGAGGUGCUGGCCCGGUACUGUUCCAUCCCAGGCUAUAACAAGUUGUGCUGCGAGUCCUGUAGCAAGCGCAGCAGCACCCUGCCCCCGCCCUACCUUCCGGAAGCUGCCGAAGCUCACGAUGAUGCUCUCUUCAACCCCAGUGACCUCCCGGGGUCUCUCCUGAUGCCCACACCUUUGGCUCCUCACCAAUCAGAGGGGCCCGCGGAGAAGAAGGAACCUCUGAGAAGGAUCUCCCCGGCGGGAGGUCCAAACGCCUAUGCUGCUUUUCAACCCAACAGUAAACCUGAUGGUGCUACCCUGCCCCAGAGGAGGUCUCAGCAAACUGCAAGGAAGACUGUGAGGCUGCUCUCGCCCCCCACGAAGGGCGCCCACCUCAAUUCAUCUUCUCAGCCGGCGGCUGCCCGCUUCCUCGCCGUCAGUGACGCCCUGGGUGCUGCUCAGACAAGAACCUCAACGAAAGAUGAAAAGAUGAUUGACAAAAGACGUCCAGUGAGAUCGGUCACCCUGUUAAGAUGAGAACGUGAACCUCAAAGGCUAAAAGUCAGGACAAGUUUCCCCCUUCUCGUGGUGCAUAGAGCUUGUGUAAAGUGAAAAAUCUCUCUAGAUCAUCGAACUCAUUUUUCGUCUGUAAAUGGAAGAACAAAAAGUGCUGGUUCACUUUCUCGUUGCUUUCUUCCUCCUUCUGUUCAGCAGUGACUCAUUUCCCAGAAUUCAUUCGAAGAAAGCACCAAAGAUGAUUAAUAGAGGGAAAGUUAAGUUGCUAAACAUGUGGGUCAUUCUCUAAAUCAGAAAAGAGGACUGGAACUGUUUGUGCAUAUUAGCUGAUUUUUUUUGUUGUUUUUAAAAAAAAGUUACAGUGAAAAUAAAAGAGAGGUGUCAAUGGUUUACACUUAAAAGGUUUUCAAAAUGAAGCAAAAAAACUCGUUGACGUGUACUCCUAUUUAUCUAUCUUAGAAAUAUUGUAUGAGGAAAGUUGUAGCUGUCAUGUAAAUACUGUAUAUUGCAGAAAUCAGUAUUAUUUUAAGAGAUAUGUUCUCAAAUGAUUGUUUACUAUAGAACAUUUCUGGAUGUUUUAGGUGCCUGUCAUUGAGUAUUGCCUUAUUUGACAUUUUAAGGAUUGAUUUUCAAAGCCGACUAUUACAGAGAGGUUAGAUUUGUAGCUACUGAUAAUACAGAAGAUUUUGUUCUGUGGUGUAAUCAACAAUGUGAUACCUAAAUUCUAGAAAAAUAAAAAGAGAGGCUAUAGAUAGAUUUCAGCUUUCCUACUACCUUCCACCUUUAAAAUAAAUAGGAUUAGGUCUGUUAUUUUAGUGUGUUUGUGGUGAAAGAGAAGAAAUCAGAAAAAAGCCUAUGGAAGAUAAAACUAAAAGCUUUUUAUCAGGACCUUAAGAGGCACCAUUGAAGUCAUCUAAGUUCUUGUGUUAUUUUUAUUCCGUUUUUCCGUUGUUGACAUAUACAAACAGGUAUACUCAAUAUACUGUAAUAAUAAAAAAGGAAAAUGUUUGGGGAAUUGUUUGUUGGUAGCUGAGAAAGGUAUAUUUGUACUAGAAUUUAUAUUCAAAUUAUAGUAGGGUUGUGGGAUUUUGGAAGCAGGUUCAUGAAAGCAUUAGCCAAUGGUUACGAUAUUUAUUUUCCGCAUGGUUCAUAUCCAAAUGUUCAUGACCACAAUGCAUUUGACUGCAAUAAUGUGUUAAUAAUUUAUGUCAGAGGUCACUUUGCUCACAGUGAAACCAGAAAUGCUCUCUCCAGGGAGUACAUGUAAAGUACUUGUAUAUAGAAUUCAGAAUUGAAGAUAUUUAUUAAAAGUUGAUUUUUUUUCUUGAUAGUAUUUUUAUGUACUAAAUAUUUACACUAAUAUUAAUGACAUAUUUGGUAAGCUAGAGAGAUACAAUUAGAGAGGCAUGCUGUGUUCUGUGUAUAGAGGAGGAAUUUAAGUAAACCACAGCAGACAAAUAAAAGAGCGAAAAUUAAACAAACUUAUGUGAUGCACACUUUUUGUAUUUUCGGUGCAGUUGAUACAACCUUGAUGAGUUGUACCCCUUCAAUAAGACAUAAGAGGCAGGGACUCAGGUAACUAGCUGCUUAAUUGAAAUGGUGAAUUAGAACUUUUAAAAGUAUGUGAAAGAGAUAAGACUUUUAUAAAUUAUCCUUCCCAAAAAAAGCAUUUUCAGCAUACUGUUUCUGUGGUAUGUUGCUGGAGUGUCUGCAAUUGUAUUAUGCAAUUUGAAUUGUGAGCAUAUUAACCUUUCAUAGCAUAGAAUAUGCAAGACUUUUGCAUCUCAACCAAGGUAAACUGAUAACUUCACUUAUUGACUCUAUACCUCUCAAGAAUUGCUGCUACUUUGUGCAAGACUUGUAAAAGUCAAAUAAAAUUGUUGAGUUCCACAUCUUAAAACAAUCCCUGAGUUGCAAGUAGAAAUUAUAGAAAUAAUUUUAUUUUCUAGAAAAUUUCCUGGAAUGAAAUUCUCUCUAGUUUACUUGCAUGUGCAUAUGCCUGACCCCCAGGGGAAUAUAGCGAAAGCUGGUCACACAUGUACACCUCCGUAAAGAUGUAGAUACUUCUUAUACUUCUGGUCUUUGAGCUUCCUUUUCUACUAAGCUGAAAAUUUCUUUUUAUCAAGUGUACACUACUGAUGCUGUUUGUUGUAAUGGGAGCACGUAGCAAUAAAAAUUGUUAGCAAACUCUG